AGAGACGAUAAUGGACGUUUCCUGGCUGAGUAGAGGAACUUUUCUUCUCUCUCCACGAAAAUAAGUAGCGUAGGUUCAAACCAUAAACGUGUGAGUACUCUGUGCACUGCACAGUGUGUAGAUGUGGUGUAGAUUCUGUGCGUUCAACACAUGAUGUAAAGGAAUGUAAAAUAAUUUACAUCAUGCUUUAACAUUGAGUGUUAUCUGUAGCACUCGUAUUCAACUCUUAUUAAUCGUAAUAAUCUAGUAUUUCUAAUAAAGUGUUGUUACUCGUAAUAAUUAAGUAUUACAAUACAAGAUAGUGUGGGUGCACUGUGGAAAUGGUGUUGACGAUGUAUUUGUCGUCAAGAUUGGUUUUACCUCUGAAAGGGACACGAGCUAUCAGUACUUCAGUUGUAAACAAUGGUAAAAGAAAUUUUAGGAAAUUUUUGCUUCACAACAAGAGGGGUUCGCGGAGUUUCAAAGAAGAAAGAAAAAAGUUGAAGGGAAACGAACCCACCGAUGUCCCAGUUUACCAUUAUGGGGUCAGGCCCACUGGUUAUCAUGAUGCCAAAGGAAACUUUAUAGCUGUUCCCGAAAUGAUUCCAGAACUAAUGGUACCCGAUCUGACAGAUUUUAAAUUAAAACCAUAUGUAUCAUACAGAGUACCUGAUGUAGUUCAGUCGGAAUUUACUGCCCAAGAUCUCUUUGAUGCAGUUUACAGCAGAAAGAUUGUGGAAGAUUUUAAGAACAAUAAGCUUGAUUCAAAUGGAAAUCCAACAGAGCCUAGUGAAGAAGAAGCGUUGACACCUGAACAAGCUAAAGAACGUGCUCGACAAACUGGAAGUGACAUUUUUGAGUAUUAGAAAUAAAUUCAUUAGUUGAGGUUUAUAAUUUGUAGUGCAACUGACUGUUAAAUAUUUGUGAAAAUAUUUAUAGCACAUCUUUUUGUGAAUUAAAAUAAAUGUGUGAAUUGUUUUGGAAAAUAGUGAAAACAA